GAAAGCAGCUCAGCUUCACACUUCAGCUGGGAAUGCCCAAAAAGCCUACUGCUGUUUAGAUUUCUUGCUACAGUCAGGAGAAAGCCGAAAGCUGCACGGAUACCGAAUCUUCUACGACUGAAUUAGAAGAAUAAUGACUGUACAAUUAACUAUCAACCUCUGCUCAUUUAAGCACAGUUUUUACAGAGCUCAGGAGAAAUAUGGAACUUGAUUGGCAUGUUUUUAUUUGAUGGUGUCUGCAAAUAGAUGACUUUAAAGACAGGUGGUAAGAAAAAAUAAGAGAAGGGGAAAAAAAGGAAAGAAAAUGCAAUUUGAGACAUUGCGCCAGGUCUGCAAUUCUGUUUUAUCUCAUUUUCAUGGGGUUUUUUCAUCCCCACCAAAUAUUUUACAAAAUGAGCUUUUUGGACAAACACUGAACAAUGCAAGGAAAAGAAGUCCAUCACUGUCCAGGGAUCAGAAUAGAAGAUACGACCAAAGGGAAGAAAGAGAGGAAUAUUCACAGUAUGCCACUUCUGAUAGCGCAAUGCCUAGAUCUCCAUCUGAUUAUGGUGACAGGCGAUCUCAACAUGAACCUCAGUUUUAUGAAGAAUCUGAUCAUUUAAAUUAUAGGGACUCCAACAGGAGAAGCCAUAGGCAUUCCAAAGAAUAUAUUGAUGAUGAGGAUGUGGAGAGCAGAGAUGAAUACGAAAGACAAAGAAGAGAGGAGGAGUACCAGGCACGCUACCGGAGUGACCCCAAUUUGGCCCGUUAUCCAGUAAAGCCACAACCCUAUGAAGAACAGAUGCGCAUCCACGCUGAAGUGUCCCGAGCCCGGCAUGAGAGGAGGCACAGUGAUGUUUCUUUGGCAAAUGCUGAACUUGAAGAUUCCAGGAUUUCUAUGCUAAGGAUGGACCGACCAUCAAGGCAAAGAUCUGUAUCUGAACGUCGAGCUGCCAUGGAAAAUCAGCGAUCUUAUUCAAUGGAAAGAACUCGAGAAGCUCAGGGACCAAGUUCUUAUCCACAAAGGACCACAAACCAUAGCCCUCCUACCCCUCGGAGGAGUCCAAUACCCAUUGACAGACCAGACUUGAGGCGUACAGACUCACUGAGGAAACAGCACCACUUAGAUCCUAGCUCUGCUGUAAGGAAAACAAAACGGGAAAAAAUGGAAACAAUGUUAAGGAAUGAUUCGCUCAGUUCAGACCAGUCCGAGUCAGUGAGACCUCCACCACCAAAGCCUCAUAAAUCAAAGAAAGGCGGUAAAAUGCGCCAGGUUUCAUUGAGCAGUUCAGAGGAGGAGCUGGCUUCCACACCUGAGUAUACAAGUUGUGAUGAUGUUGAGAUCGAAAGUGAGAGUGUAAGUGAAAAAGGAGACAUGGAUUACAACUGGUUGGACCAUACGUCUUGGCAUAGCAGUGAGGCAUCCCCAAUGUCUUUGCACCCUGUAACCUGGCAGCCAUCUAAAGAUGGAGAUCGCUUAAUUGGUCGCAUUUUAUUAAAUAAGCGACUAAAAGAUGGAAGUGUACCUCGAGAUUCAGGAGCAAUGCUUGGUUUGAAGGUUGUAGGAGGAAAGAUGACUGAAUCAGGUCGGCUUUGUGCAUUUAUUACCAAAGUAAAAAAAGGAAGUUUAGCUGAUACUGUAGGACAUCUAAGACCAGGUGAUGAAGUGUUAGAAUGGAAUGGAAGGUUAUUGCAAGGAGCCACAUUUGAGGAAGUAUAUAACAUCAUUCUGGAAUCCAAACCUGAACCGCAAGUGGAGCUUGUUGUUUCCAGGCCCAUUGGAGAUAUACCUAGAAUACCUGAUAGCACACAUGCACAACUGGAGUCCAGUUCUAGCUCAUUUGAAUCUCAAAAAAUGGACCGUCCUUCUAUUUCCGUUACCUCUCCCAUGAGUCCUGGCAUGCUGAGGGAUGUUCCACAGUUCUUAUCUGGACAACUUUCAAUAAAACUAUGGUUUGACAAGGUUGGUCACCAAUUAAUAGUUACAAUUUUGGGAGCAAAGGAUCUCCCUUCCAGGGAAGAUGGGAGGCCAAGAAAUCCUUAUGUUAAAAUUUACUUUCUUCCAGACAGAAGUGAUAAAAACAAGAGAAGAACCAAAACAGUAAAGAAAACAUUGGAACCCAAAUGGAACCAAACAUUCAUUUAUUCUCCAGUCCAUCGAAGAGAAUUUCGGGAAAGAAUGCUGGAGAUUACCCUUUGGGAUCAAGCUCGAGUUCGAGAGGAAGAAAGUGAAUUCUUAGGAGAGAUUUUAAUUGAAUUAGAAACGGCAUUAUUAGAUGAUGAGCCACACUGGUACAAACUUCAGACCCAUGAUGUCUCUUCACUGCCACUUCCCCACCCUUCUCCAUAUAUGUCACGGAGACAGCUCCACGGAGAGAGCCCGACACGGAGGUUGCAAAGGUCAAAGAGAAUAAGUGAUAGUGAAGUCUCGGACUAUGACUGUGAUGAUGGAAUUGGUGUAGUAUCAGAUUAUCGACAUAAUGGAAGAGAUCUUCAGAGUUCAACAUUGUCAGUGCCAGAACAAGUAAUGUCAUCAAAUCACUGUUCACCAUCAGGGUCUCCUCAUCGAGUAGAUGUUAUAGGACGGACUCGAUCAUGGUCACCCAGUGCCCCUCCUCCACAAAGUCGGAAUGUGGAUCAGGGAUUUCGAGGGACACGCACUGCUACUGGACAUUAUAAUACGAUUAGCCGAAUGGAUAGACAUCGUGUCAUGGAUGACCAUUAUUCUCCAGAUAGAGACAGUCAUUUUCUUACUCUACCUCGCUCCAGAUACAGUCAGACCAUUGAGCAUCAUCACAGGGAUGGCAGGGAUUGUGAAGCAGCAGAUAGACAGCCAUAUCACAGAUCCAGAUCAACAGAACAACGGCCUCUCCUUGAGCGGACAACCACCCGCUCCAGAUCCACUGAACGUCCUGAUACAAACCUCAUGAGGUCGAUGCCUUCAUUAAUGACUGGAAGAUCUGCCCCUCCUUCACCUGCCUUAUCGAGGUCUCAUCCUCGUACUGGGUCUGUCCAGACAAGCCCAUCAAGUACACCAGUGGCAGGACGAAGAGGCCGACAACUUCCACAGCUUCCACCAAAGGGAACAUUGGAGAGAAACAAUGGAGUCAAGGAGAUAGAACCUUAUGAAGAAGUGGAAUCCUCAAGGAGAAGAUAUGCAGGUGCUAUGGAUAUAGAGGAGAGAAAUCGCCAAAUGAAAAUUAACAAAUACAAACAGGUAGCCGGAUCAGAUCCCAGACUGGAACAAGAUUACCAUUCAAAGUAUCGAUCAGGAUGGGAUCCUCAUAGAGGGGCAGAUAAUAUAUCCACUAAAUCUUCGGACAGUGAUGUAAGUGAUAUAUCUGCGGUUUCAAGGACUAGUAGUGCUUCUCGUUUCAGCAGCACAAGCUACAUGUCUGUCCAAUCAGAACGACCAAGAGGAAACAAGAAAAUCAGUGUCUUUACCUCCAAAAUGCAAAGCAGACAAAUGGGCGUGUCAGGGAAGAACAUGACCAAGAGCACCAGCAUCAGUGGAGACAUGUGCUCGCUGGAGAAGAACGACGGCAGCCAGUCUGACACGGCAGUGGGCGCCUUGGGCACCGGUGGCAAGAAGCGGCGCUCUAGCAUUGGGGCCAAAAUGGUAGCUAUUGUGGGUCUCUCACGGAAGAGUCGCAGCGCUUCCCAGCUCAGCCAAACGGAAGCAGGAGGUAAAAAACUGCGGAGCACUGUCCAGAGAAGCACAGAAACAGGUCUGGCGGUGGAGAUGAGGAACUGGAUGACCCGGCAGGCGAGCAGGGAAUCGACAGAUGGCAGCAUGAACAGCUAUAGUUCAGAAGGAAAUCUGAUUUUCCCUGGUGUCCGCCUGGCCUCUGAUAGCCAGUUCAGCGAUUUCCUGGAUGGCCUUGGCCCUGCUCAGCUGGUGGGACGCCAGACUCUGGCUACACCUGCGAUGGGUGACAUUCAGGUAGGAAUGAUGGACAAAAAGGGACAGUUGGAAGUGGAAAUCAUUCGGGCCCGUGGCCUUGUUGUAAAACCAGGUUCCAAGACACUGCCAGCACCGUAUGUAAAGGUGUAUCUGUUAGAUAACGGAGUCUGCAUAGCCAAAAAGAAGACGAAAGUGGCAAGAAAAACGCUGGAACCCCUUUACCAGCAGCUAUUGUCUUUUGAAGAGAGUCCCCAAGGAAAAGUUUUACAGAUUAUUGUCUGGGGAGAUUAUGGCCGCAUGGAUCACAAAUCCUUUAUGGGAGUGGCCCAGAUACUUCUAGAUGAACUGGAACUAUCCAAUAUGGUGAUUGGAUGGUUCAAACUUUUCCCCCCUUCCUCCCUAGUAGAUCCAACCUUGGCCCCUCUGACAAGAAGAGCUUCCCAAUCAUCCCUGGAAAGUUCAACUGGACCUUCUUACUCUCGUUCAUAGCAGCUGUAAAACUGUUGUCACAGCAACCAGCGUUACAAAAAAAAUUACCACAGGUCGCAAACCCUGGUAACACUGCAUGCUUAAUGUUGUGUCUUCUGAGCCUGUUUCUAGGGAUACAAAGCGAUCCUGUGUUCUCAGAGGAAGUUGCACACAUUGUGCGCUAAAGAAGGCCCUCAGGUGAAAGCGCAGAGCUAUGAAGAACUAUCAGGUUUGGAGUUCAGUGACACUCGAGUUUUGGUCCAAUUUGAAGCCAUGGAUUAAUCUCAAAGAAUCAGUUGGUUUCAUGCAACAAAAGCCCUUUUCAAUGGCACCUUUAUAUUUUUAUCGUUCCUUUUUCUUCAUUUAUCUGAUCCCAAAGCCCUGUUUUGCCACAGAAAUGGAAGCUAUACAGCCAUUAAGCCAUGUUACAGGUGACAGAGUGAAGUCCCAGGAAGCAUCAGGUGAAAUGCAGAGACCAAAGAACUGGUUGAGAACAAAGCUUCCGCCCUCCCGUGUCGGAGCCUCCUGUCCGCGGGAAGAAUGACAGACCUGGUGGCUCCAGUAGACGCGUCUAGUACUGAUGCCAAGAUGUACUGGACUCUGAAAGCAAAAUUCUGUGGCUACACUGUACUGAAUGAAAUUAAAGAAACUUUUUUUGCAUGGACACAGAUUAGCUGAAUACUUAAAUUAUUUUCUUGGGGCUGCAACUUGCAAAAAAAAAAAAAGAAUAAAAAUCAGCCAUUUUCAACAAUUUAUAUUAUUUUUAAAAAUAAAUUUCACUAGUGCAUGGUUUUAAAAAGGGGAGAGAAUGCAACAGGGUGAUACAAAGACACACCAUGUUUAUUCUUUAAUCAUAGUCUGUGUUUUGGCAGACACUACAAAUGAAAAUACUUUCUAGAAGAUACUUAAAUUCUCUUUAUGUGACAAAUAAGUAU